CCUCUAUAUUCCCCUUUCUUUUUCCUUCCUAUAUAAUUAUCAUGUCUGCUACUACUGAAACUAUUUCCACUAUUACUGAAAAACCUGUAUCAAUUAGUGAAAAACAAAAUGGAGAAGAAGAGUAUCAAGAUCGUUAUUUGGAAGGAAGUCAUCAAUUUGUAGCUUAUGACUUAUUAGAAGCACGCGGCAAAUCUGGUGAAACCGAUGAUCCUGAUGUCAAACGUUAUCAAGAAGCAAAAACUUUGUUCCGAAAGGGUUAUGAUUUAUGUAUGACUAUUCCUCGUUCUUUAGAAGAUGCUGUAUUGGAAAAAUAUCAAGAAGAUAUUAAAACUUCAGCUGAAACUAUGGUAGAUGCUUGGUUACUGGAUGACAAGGCUGCUCCCAUGUCUGAACGAGUUCUUAUUCUUGGUCAACAAUAUGAAAAGGUACUUUUAAAAGAUAUUCCUGAAGAACAAAAAGAAGGUUUCUUUGUCAAGUAUAGUUUACUUUUCUCUGCUUGGAUUCUUUUGGUGGGCAAACAAUUUGAUCAUUGUAUCACUACUCUCUCUUUGGCUGUAGACACUUAUGAUGAUUUGACAGCUCGUGUAUUUUUCCUUCGUGCAUCUUGUUAUUUCUCUACUAAUCAAUUAGAACUUGGUAUCAAGGAUUUGGAAAAAAGUUUGGAAUUAGAUAGCAAUUUUAAUUUGGCCUACAGCAUUUUGGGUUCUGUUUACAUGUCAGUCAAGAACAAUGAACUUGCUCUCAAGAACUUUGAACAAUACUUGGAACGUGGUCAUCCUGAUACUCCUGAUAAUAUCAAUGCACUUUAUUCUAUGUCUCUCUUGCUACAAAAACCAAAAUCUGAUAACAAAGAAGCCAAAGAAUAUUAUCAAAAGGCAAAGAAAGCUGAAGCAAGAUUCAAAGAUCUUUAUGGUACACAUGUUGGUAUGAAUGAAAUCAAACGUGAAGCAAUCCAAGCCCAUGAAACUCCUGAUGAAGCUCGUCGUUUAAUUUUGGCUAGUUUACCCAAGAAACAAUACAAUGAAAAAAUUGAACAACUUAUUAAGGCUGGUAUUCUUAACACUUCUUUCCCUCCUAGUCCCAAAAACUGUUCUCACUGUGGUACUGCUCAUUUGAAAGAUACUCCUGGAAAACCUCUGUUAUGCUGCGCUGGUUGCAAGUCUAUUUGGUAUUGUUCUCGUGAUUGUCAAAAAUUGGAUUACAAGAACCACAAAGUCAAUUGCAAGAAACAACAACAAAAACAAAUUCAACAAUAGUCCUUUUCGUUAGAUAAUUUGGGAUCAUCAUUCAUUUAUAUAUUUCUUUAUUGAUCUUCUCUUUUUAAUAUAUAUAUAUAUGUUUGUCUUUUUUGUUGAUUUUGUAUCUAUUGGUUUACUUUUGAUGUUUGAAAUAAAAAGAAUCUUUAUUACUCACCCA